UUGAACACAGUACAAAACCAAGAGGAAGUUGAGAGCGCUGACGAUAGUGAGGAUGAAUCGCAAGAAGAACAAGGAAAUGGUGAGCAACAUGCAGGAUCAGGCGAAGACAAUGAACAACCUACUGAAUCCCAGCAAGUUGACCAUGAACAAGACGAAGAACCAAAACAAGAAAAAGAAGAAUCUACUGAAGCGCAGAAAGUUGAAUGUGAAGAAAACGAAGAACAAAAACAAGGCCGAAAAGAACCCACUGAACAGCAGCGAGUUGAACGUAAACAAGACGAAGAACCAAAACAAGGCCAAGAAGAAGCCACAGAACAGCAGCAAGUUGUAGGUGAACAAGACGAAGAACCAAAACAAUGCCAAGAAGAACCCGCUGAACAGCAGCAAGAUGAAUCUAAAAGAAACGAAGCACCAAAAGAUGACCAUGAAGAACCCCCUAAAAAGCAGGAAGUUGAACAAGAUCAUCAAGCAGAUUCAAAGGGAAAAAAAGAAGUAAGUGAAACGCAACGAGAAAAACAGGAGCUAAAUAAAGACGAUGGAAAACCUGAGCGAAAGCUAAAAGGAUACGACCAGGAAUCCAAACAACCGGGCACUCAAAAAGAGGAAGAAGAAAAAGAACCGAAUGUCGACCAUGCAGAGCCUGAUGAGCUAAAAGAUGAGGGUAAACAGAAGAAAAAGUCGAAAAGAAAUGAAAAAGAAAGUGAAAAGCAACAAGAGCAAAAUAAAAAAGAUGAGCAGGAGCAAGAAGAACACCAAGAAGAAACCGAAAAGGAGCAAGUUGAUUGUGAUCAAGAAGAACGAGAACAAGACCAUGAGGAUCCUAAACUCGAGCAAAUUGGACAAGGAAAACCAAAAGGAGAAGAUGAAGAUCCUAAGAAAGAGCAACAGGAUUAUGAACAACCAAAAGAAGGCCAUGAAGAACCUAUGAAAGACAAACUGCAGCAAGGAAAACCAAAAGGAGAGAAUCAGGAACCUAAACAAGAGCAACUGGAAACUGAAAAGCCAAAAGGAGAGUACGAAAAACUCAACCAAAAUCAACUUGGAGACGAGAAGUCAAAAGAAGCUUGUGGAGACUCCCAACCGCAGGGUGAUGGGUCCACGGAAGAUAAAUCUUCACGACAGCAGCAGCUGGUUAUGGACGAAGGACAUUACGAAGAAGAUGAUAUGGUGCUGGAUACACGUCUGUAAUUGCUAGCAUUGACUCAUCAAAUCCUUUUUAGUUCUAAGUAUCGUUUUAGUAACAGAAAGGUUACAUACCGUUAUAUCAUGAAAAUGAUGCAUUUACUUAAUCAAGAGCAUUAGAGAAUAACUCAUAUAAGGUAUGACAGUGACAAGUGCGAGCCCGCAAUGUUUGUUUUCAUUUUUUGAUUGUCUGAGUUGUUGUAGACAAGUAAAAACAGCUACAGGAGAAAGGAAGUUAGUAUGGUAUGCUAAAUAGAUAAUCGUAAAAGCAUAUUUACGGCCGUGUUGCGUUUCCAGUGUCGUCAGAAGUUUCCGCAACUGAUUUUAUUUCAAUAUUAUUAGAUUUCUUACUACUUAUAAACAUUAUUUAACUAUUUAUUCAGCAUUCAGUUGCAUAUAUUACUCGUUAUUUAUUGACUUUAGUCCUAGCAUGUUAUUUGGUAGGUGGCUUAAUUGUUAUCACAAUGCUACGCCACUAAUCGUAUUUACUCCACUGCACACAUAUAUCAAAGUGCACAGGUCAGAUAAUGUAUUAUCAUCUGGCUCCUUUAUUUAUUAACCUUUGUUGUUAACCUACGAUUUAAGUUAAAAUUUUGUAGGAGCUUGCACAAAAAUAGAAGAAAAAACUAUCACAGGAGUGAAACCCAAGUGAGAAUGUUAUAAAAAGUGUGAAACGUUUCAUAAUUUAUUGUCAAGCCAUUUAGUGUCUAAUUUAAAAAAAAUAUAAAAAAUUUCA